AUGGCUGAGGAUCUGACGGAUAAAUUGAGGAAGUUCAAGCUAUCAGAGAAGGAGGAAAAGGGAUUAGAAAUUUCAAAUGUGGAUAUAGAAGAAGGGAUGAAGGAGUGCCAGCUGAGUCUUCUGGGGAAGAUUUAUGGUGAAAAGAAGGCGAAUUAUAAUGGGUUGAAAGCCACUCUGAACAACAUUUGGGUUACAAAGAACCAAUUUUUCAUCAAGAAUAUCGGCCCGAACUUAUUUCAAUUUACGUUCCAGUCAAAAGAAGACAAGGAGAGGAUAUUACAAGGUAAAAGUUGGACAUUUGAUGGGCAAUAUAUUCUCCUGAAAGACUGGAAGCCUGAAAAUCAAGAAUUUUUGGAGGAGGAUGAGAAAGUGAAGAUAUGGGUCCAGAUUCAUGACCUUCCGCUACAUUGGAUUACCAAAGACUUGGGAUUGAAAAAAGGGGGGAUCAUAGGAAGAGUAGUAGAUGUUUUGGUCCCGAGUGCAGAGAGUUCCAACGGACAUAUCUUGAAGGUGCAGGUGGAACUAAAUUUAAGGGAGCCCAUACCUAGAGGCACAAAAAUUAGAUUGGGCGCAGAAAAUCGAUGGGUAAGUUUCAGGUAUGAGAAUCUCCAAUCCUUUUGUUUUUACUGUGGUCUGGUGGGUCAUAUUGAUAAAAAUUGUUUAGCUAAGAAAAAUGACCUAGCUAGAAAUGUGCUUAACUUGGGGCAAUUUGGGGAGUGGCUUAGAGGAGGGCCAACUUAUUUCAGUGAGUCUAAGUCUUAUAGAUCUUCAGCUUCAGGGGACUUGAGUGAAAAGGAUUCUAAAAAAUCACCCUCUCAAGGCACUGAUGAUGAGGGUCCUCAGGAGAGGGAAGGAGGAACACCAUGGAUAGGCAAUUUCCCUCAGUCAGAGCAGACAAGGGACAGGGAUGUGGGUGGAAUGGUUGAGACACCUGCUAAAGGAAAAGAGAUUAGGAUUACUCCUGAUCCUUUACCUAGUGCAGAGAAUCACACCACUUUGAAGUUGGUUGAGAGUGAUACCCAACUAGUAGAAGUGGAUGUUCAACCAGUUCCAUCAAUUAAUAGGGACAUUUCUAAAAGGAAAAAACCCAUUGUGAGGAAACUGAGAGUCCCUGUGCCCAAUGAAUCUGCCAGUAUGGAGGUGGAUAGGGAUAAAACUCCAGGAGAGUCAGAUAGAGUGAGGCUAGUUCUUAGCAAAAGGCCUUUGGAGGAUUUUUCUAAUCCCUUGGGCCAUGCCAAGAACAUGGCCAAUAAUAAGAAGUUAAAGAAAGGGGUCAGUAAUCAUUGGGAGGAGUGGUGCAGAUGGAGGGACCUUUUACACAAAGCUUACCUAGAUGAGGAAUUUCACUGGAAGCAAAAAUCUAGGAUUCAAUGGUUGCAAGAAGGUGAUAAGAACACAAAGUUAUUUCAUGCCUCGGUGCAACAGAGGAGAGUGACUGGGAGCAUGGAUAAUAUAGUCAAUAAGUGGGGUAGGAGAUGUGAAAAUGAGCAGGAGUUAGUAGGAGAGCUGGAGUGUGAGAUCCAAGUAGUUCAGAGGGCAAAGGCUGAUUGGUGGGAGUAUUCAGUUAAAGAAAAGCCCAUUGCAGUCCUCUUUAAUCUGGGGGUUCCUGAGGAGUGUUUUUCCCCUAGAGUAGGACAGUGGUCUUUCACUGUUAGUGCUCUAAACUCCUCACAGAAUCACCUGCUUUUGAACUGCAAGGUGGAGAAAGAUGGAGUACAGACACAUACAUUAUCAGAGAGGCAUUGGUUUGAAGGAUGUGAAGAAGGGAAAUGGUUGUAUGCAAUAAGGUGGAUGAUGAUGAUAGCUCUUCAUAAUGGGUGGACUACAUGCUGUUUCAAAUUGAAGAACAAGGCCCUUGUGAAGAAAUUAGCUGAGGAGAAAGAGUUUGAUUUGUGUUGUAAUUCUAUUGCCUAUGAUGUGUAUGAGUUUGUAGCCUCUUUUUCCUCUUGUCUUUUUGCUUUUUGUAUGUAA